AUACAUAAUUCGAAAGGAAGGCUGAAAAAUAAUAGAGUAAAAAAACUUCAAAAAAGACAGCAAUCUAGCGUUGGUUCGCUGCAAGAACUGGCCUCAAUAGUAUGCCUAAAGACGACAAACAACGAAGCCUCGAUGUACUUGGUCUAGUCAGAAAUGCUUCGAAAAGUGAUAUAAGGUUAGCUUAUUUCAAGAAAUCGUUGUACUCUCAUCCCGAUUGCGACAAGAAUAAUAGCGAUAUGGCGAGUUUUUCUGAUGUGACUCAAGCCUACAGCAAUUUGUCAGAUGGUUCUGAUGGAUUAACACCGGACGAGGUUUUCUUCAAGUUUUUUCAAGAAGUAUUAAAGGAUGAAAAUCCACAUUCAUUACGGGCAAUGCUUCAAGAACACGAUGCUGCCAAGUGUGCAGAUGAUGAAUAUCGAUGUGAAGAUGACAAUGAAAUUGAUGUUGAGCGAGAAUUUGAACGAUUACUUGAGAUUCUAAAGAACCGUAAAAAGAACAAGAAAGAGGUUCCUGAAGAUAUGACUCAAGAAAAAGUUGUAAGAUGUCGAGACAAUCUCGUACUGCAAAGAGAAGAAGCAAAGAGAGAUCCGAAAAAGCUUCCUCCUAAAAAAGGAAAGUCACAACCAGUCCCUGUUUCAAAGCCCAAACCCAAAAGCAAGAAACAACUUCUCGCAGAACAGAGGCGAAGGGAAAAGGAAAUGGAAAAAAUCGCAGUUGAACUCGAACAGAAAAAGAAAGAAGACGAGGAGAAAGAGAAAAACAGAAAACAGUUGGAAGCUGUGAAACAAAAACGUCUCGAAGAGGAAAGAAAGAAAAACGAAGCGGAAGCACGGAGGAAAAGAGAAAGAGAACAGAAAGAGCGGGAAAGACAACAAAAGUUGGAACAAGAACGGGAAAGAAAACAGAAGGAAGAGGAAGAGAGACGGAAGAAAGAAGAAAUGAAACGGAAGAAAGCGGAGCAAGAAAGAAUCGAGAAAGAUAAGGCUGAAAAAGCUGCAAAGAUCAAGGCAGCCCAGCAGGCGGCAAAAGAAAAAGAGGAACAGGCAAAGAAUGCAAAUAAGAACCAGAAUCUCAAACGAAACCAACCUCAGCGUAACGAUCAAACCUACCCCCGUGAAAUACCGCCAAGGUUUCAGCGAAGAAUGAAACAGCAGCAGCAGCAACAACAGCAGCAGCAACAACAGGCUGUGUUUCCACAACAACCACCUAGCACCUCAGUUUCACAGAUAACACCCGUACAGCCACAAGCAAGUGGGAGUACGCAGAACCAACAAACAUUACAGUCCAAAGCUGUGUCGAAACCAACGCCCGCAGUGGGCAAGAAAAAGGAUCCGCAACGUUGGACCAAAGGUGAGUAUACAGGAAUAAUUGAGGACAUUCAGGAUGAUUCAGGGUGGUCGAAGGCACCACCCGCGAAAACGUCCGAGAACUGGGAGGACACUACGGAAGACUGGGGAUGUGAAACUACAUCUUGGGAUGAAAAGCCCAGUGGCGAUGAACGCGUGAUUGUGGAUAAGACAGAUCAAGACUCUUGGCCAACCGUUGGAGGCAAGGGUCAAAAUAGGGACGAAAUUUUUGGAAAUAUUGAACCGAUUUCCGAGAAAGAAAGCAUGAGUACAUUUGGCGAUUCUUUGGACGCGGUCAUUGAUGGAAUGGAGGCGGCCGAGGAGGCUGCUGGGGCUGGUUUAAUGAACUCUGGGAAAUGGAGUGAGGAAAAUUCUGGGAAAAAUAGUAAUAACAGCAGCGUUAGUAAUUUGUCGCAAGAUUUGGAUAAAAACCAAACUUGGUCGAAAACUCCAGGAAAGGAUGCUAAGGGAAAAGGAAAUACGGAAAGCAGUUCCGAGAAUUUGUCCAAUUCUUGGGAAGAAUCCGCUUCCGGUUGGUCGGAAGGUACGUCUGACAUGAAGCAAAACACUUCCGGUUGGGAUGAGAGUACUUCCGGUCUCAGCCAAAUUACUUCCGGUUUGAAACAAAACACUUCCGGUUGGGGUGACGGUGCUUCCGGUUUGAAACAAAAUACUUCAGGUUUGAAUCAAAGUACUUCCGGUUUAAAACAAAACUCUUCCGGUUGGAACGAAGGCACUUCCGGUUUAAAACAGAAUACUUCCGGCUUGAAUCAAAGUAAUUUAAAACAAAACAACUCUGGUUGGCAAGAACAACCUGACGUUAGCGAUCAAUGGAAGGCCGUUGGUCAAUCCGGGAAUAAACCUGAACCCGCGCCGAGCGAGGAAACGGGUUGGGGCGAGAGCUCUGCGAUGAAACGGAACAGCGGCAGUCAAUGGGGUGCUUCUUGGCACGGGUUGAGUUUGACUGGGACCGAAAUUUGGGACCAAAGUAGCGCCGAUGAGAAAGGGACUGGUGAUAAGGGAAGUGACUGGACUUCGGAGGACAUAAAGGGUAAUACGGAUUCAGGAUGGGAUUCAAUAGGACAAUCGGAGGACGCACAAGAUAACUGGAACAGCUGGUCUACUGCGGGCUCCAAAAGGAACAAGGCGCUUAAAACUAACCCAACCAAUGACGAGAAUGCUUGGCUCAGACGAUCACUCAAACAACUCGUUGACAUGGGUUUCAAGGAGGUUGAUGGAGAAAAGGCUCUGAAAUCCAAUAACAUGAGUUUGGAAGCAGCUAUAAGUCAAUUGCUUGGUGGUCAGGGUACACCACCCGGGGGUCAUGUCUCGAUGCGAACUUCUCUACCAUCGGAGCUAAAUUCCGAGGCAACCGGCCUCGAACAAAUUGAAGAUCAGGACGUUUCGAAAUUGAACAGGAAACAACGUCGUCGGCUGAUGCAACAAAAUGCAGGCGCCGAAGUUCAAGCGACGAAUUCCGAACCUUUGCCGCAAACGUCCGAAGCGACCGGAGUGAACAUGCUUCCGGUAAGCUCGGAAGUAGUUUCGGAAGCCCCUCGGGCUCCGAUCUCUUCCGACAUGCCCGUGGAGUAUGGAAAUGAUUCUAGUCAAAGUGAGCAAUCGGUAGACGAAAGGAGAACUGCGAUGGUAAACAUGCGUAAUGUAAAUCCGGGUAUUCCCGGCAGUGGACCGGUUACCGGAAGUGGACCUGUCACAGGAAGUAGUAACACGUUAACUUCCGGUUCGAUACUCAAUUCGGCACCAGUCCGCGCGCCGAUUCCAGCGGUCUAUCAACAACAGUUACUCCAACAACAAGCUCAAGCUCAGUUACAGCAAUUGCGGUUUGCUCAGGCGAUGCAAAAUCCGCUGGCUUCACAGCCAGUCAUACUCCUUAGACAACUGUCGCAACUCAGGAUCGUUCAGCAACAGUUGGUUGCCCAGCAACAGAUGUUGCAGAAACAGACUUCGAGCGCGACGAACACAUUGCAGGCUCAUCAAAAUGUCCUACAGCAACAGCAGAUCGGCGCCAUGAUGCAACAAAUUCAGCAGAAACUCGUUCAACAACAACAGUUGCAGCAGCAGACGCAACAACAACAACAACAGCAACAACAAAUGGCGCCAAGCCAGUUCCCGUCUGCUGCGCAAACACAAACGUUACUUUCGACUACGCAGCCGCAGUUGCAACAGCUGUUGCUACAACAACGUAAACAACAACAACAGCAGCAACAACAGAUGCAACAGCCGCUGAAACAGACUCCGAUUCAGGCACCGCAGCGGCUGACAGAGCAUGAAACAAACGCUGUGCAAGCCCCUGAUGAGAAUUCCCCUCGUGAGGUGAAGACAAUCUCCCCAAGGUCAAGUAUGACAAAGGAACCGACGUCUCUCGUGCAGGUUGUUAACUCUGCGCCGGCGUCGCCGAGCACCGGCAAGUCACGAUUAGGACAGUGGACUCAGAACUCGAUACAGACGGAGCAACGGCUUUCUCCCAAACCGCCCGAAAGUGGCGGGCGAGAUCGGAAUAUGCGGGCAUCACCCCAGCCCGACGCCUCCCUUCUCGUAACAAGAUCAACGAACUCACCAAAUACGAUGCAUACGCAAUCGAAUUCGGCUCCAAUUCACCGUGUCUUGGACCCAGUCUCCAGUAAGUGGGGCAUCGACGCUGCUCCAAAGCUCUCGGCCGAGCCCCCAGAAUUCAAACCGGGCGUACCCUGGCGGCCGUACCAAACGAAGUCGGGUACGGACGGACAACAGUCGGAGGUACCCGUGAGUACCGGAUCUCAGGAAUGGUCGAGUAAUUCCGUCGGCAGUCAGAGCGUUUCAAACGUGAAAACAACAAACAGUAAAAGUCAAAUAACAUCUAUGAAAACAGUUCCGAAUUCUCAGAAUUAUUCUCAGAAUACUUCGUCUGCCAUAUGGCAAGCACCAGUUUCCAGACCGGCCGGCGUUCAAAGGCCUGCUCCCCUCAUCUCAAAUAUCAGACCUCCCCCCGGACUUGGGAGCGAAAAUAGCUUUAUGAAUCUCCCGGAUGUACAGAGUCAACCAGCCGACCCGAAUUGGAGUGCCCACGGUGAUAGCGCGCAGAUAAGCAGCGGUGGUUCGAGUCAAUUUGGUAUCAGGGCACCCGGCUUUCAACCUUGGCCGAGUGAUCGCCGUGAUGCAGGUUGGCCUGGAACUAGCGGUCAACCGCUGGAUACUCUGCCUUCAGUACCGCGGGCAAAUGAGCUUCGUAAUCUGGCAAUGUUGGGUGAAUCCGCAGCGAAUGCAAAUGCAAACGGACCGAAUAUGCGUGUUAAACCUGAGAUGACUGGUCAAAUGUCUUUCCAUCAUGCCUUGUCCACGUGGUUGGUGAUUAGGAAUAUUAAUCCAAGGGUUGAUUCAACAGCACUUCGCUCUUUGUGUCAACAACACGGCCCUUUAUUGACAUUCCAGUUAAACUUGCGUUAUGGUAACAGUUUAAUACGUUAUGGGAAUAAGGAAGAAGCUGCGAAGGCUCAUGCCAGUUUGAACGGUCUGGUUUUAGCUGGUUCCCGGCUUUCCGCUGACUUUGCUACAGAUUCUGAUAUCGGAAGCUUCUUUGAACAGAAUUCUGAUUGGUCAGCUCCACAGCCAACCACAACUUGGGCAAAUGCUCCAACAUCAUUGGCCAAGACUGAGCCGAGCACACAGUGGCCUGGAUCGAAACCUCUAAUCCCGCCCGCGAAUUUCUCCUCAGAGUUAUGGUCUUAUAGUCAGGCCGGCGGGCUAGCGAGCGGAGUUUGGUCGACACCUCCGACCAGUCGUCGAGAGGGCGAACAGUCGACGACGGUCACCGAAAACGGAAUCACGAGUCCCUCCAUGGUUACCUUUCUACCUCCAGGCCUUUUGAACAGCGGCGAGUCCUCAUAAACUUCAAAAUGAAUGACAAUUAUUUUACCUUUGCUUGUUUUGUUUGUCUUCUGUUUGUUUGUUUGUUUGUUAUGGUCCAUGUCUGAACCAUGUUUAUUAUUGUCCCCCAGCACUGAACAAGUGUCGGAGUUAAAUGUCGUCUGUAAAAACGAGACCGUUCAUUAAAACAAUAUCACAAGAA